GCAGAUUUCCGAUCCUCCAUGAAGAGGAUUACCAUCCUGCGUCUGCAGCUCCAUCAUCUCAGCUGAUCCGAGGAUUCCCUCCACGAACAGUCCGACAUCAUGGAUUUCAACGUCAAGAAACUGGCUUCAGAUGCGGGGGUGUUCUUCACCCGGGCCGUGCAGUUCACGGAGGAGAAGCUGGGUCAGGCUGAGAAGACGGAGCUGGACGCUCACUUAGAGAACCUGAUCAGUCGGGGGGACAGCACCAAGAACUGGACCGAGAAGAUCCUGAGACAGAGCGAAGUGCUGCUGCAGCCAAAUCCUAUCGAUCACACAGGCGCUCGGAUAGAGGAGUUCAUCUACGAUAAACUAGAUAAGAAGAUUCCCUCCAGGACCACCAAUGCAGAGCUGCUGGGACAAUACAUGCUGGACGCUGCCGCUGAGUUUGGCCCAGAGACGCCGUACGGUAAAACUCUGAUCACGGUGGGAGAAUAUCAGAAGAGACUGGGCGGAGCUGAGCGCGAGUUCCUCCACACCACUACCAUGAACUUCUUCACCCCUCUGAGGAACUUUCUGGAAGGAGACUGGAGGACCAUCUCUAAAGAGCGGAAACUUCUGGAGAACCGACGUCUGGAUCUGGACAUCUGCAAAGCUCGCUUGAAAAAAGCGAAACAGGCCGAGGCCAAAGCAGCGGCUGCGCCUGAUUUUCAGGAGACGAGGCCUCGAAACUAUGUUCUGUCUGCCAGCGCAUCAGCGCUUCUGAGUGAGGAGGUGGAUAAAGCAGAGCACGAACUUCGCGUCGCCCAGACAGAGUUCGACCGGCAGGCAGAGGUCACGAGACUGCUGCUGGAGGGAAUUAGCAGCACACAUCUCAACCAUCUGCGGUGUUUGCAGGACUUUGCGGAGGCUCAGGCCACCUACUACGCCCAGUGUCAUCAUUACAUGCAGGACCUUCAGAGGGAGCUCAGCAGAUGUGUUAAUUCCAUCGGCGCCCCUAACUCCUCUGCUGCCGUCUGCCCAAACCCCGUCUCAUCUGCCUUCCUGUCUGGACCUCCACCCACCGGGGCAGCGGUUUCCUCCACCUCCUCCUCUGCUGGCCAGAAGCCCAAGACGCUGACCAUGGAGCAAUCGCAGCUCCCUGUUACCGGAGCCAGGAAAGCCAAGGUCCUGUAUGACUACGAUGCCCAUGACACCAGUGAGCUGUCUCUCCUUGCUGAUGAGCUCAUCACCGUGUACACCGUCCCAGGAAUGGACCCUGAUUGGCUGGUCGGAGAACGUGGGAACGACAAAGGCAAAGUUCCUGUCACCUACCUAGAACUGCUGAGUUAGUGGACCAAUCAGAAGGGAGCACACAUUAACACGUACUCAUGCACACAAACACUUAUGCAAACCAGUUUCUGAAAAACAGAUGGGAGGAAACUGUUGUGUUGUGUGAGUAAUGUUUUUGAUUUGACUGCUGGCACUGCAAAAACUCACUUUAUAGGGAGGGUAUCUGUCUGAUUCCUCCACCAGAACAUGUCAUUGCUCUUAACCUCAGCCACACAGCUGGAAAAUCUACAUAAUAAUCUCAUUUCAACUUAUAAAACACCUAAAAUUAGACCUGCAUUGAUUAUGAGAGGGAAAAUAAAGACUAAUGGAUGUACAUUA